AUGGAUGAGCGAAAAGAACAAAUCUCACUAAACUGGUUACGAGGCACACUGUACAAUCAAGGAGAGCCCAUCUCGGAAAGAUUCGAGGCAACAUCAUCGUUGCACAAGACCAGCAUAGGAGCAGAAUAUCUGGUGGACAAAGAGCACCUAUACCUGGGCGAUGCACUGGGAAACGACGUGAUCAGGGAGCGCAGGGAACUGCUGCUUCAGCUCAUGGAACAGCUGCAUGAUAGCGAUGUUAGAGCAAUGGCACUCCCCCAUCGUGGGCCCCCAUCCUCCUGGCAAGGCCUACCUGUGGGUGCCAGUUUAGUGGAUAAACGAUUUGGAUGGCCUCCAAAUACGACGUUUCGUGCAGUUUCGUGUCGGUGCGCGAAAGUGUUUCAAAUUAUUCAACCACGGAUGAGUGGACGGGGAUGCGAUUAA